AUGGGAAAAUGCUUGAUAGCAACGGGUAUGGCCCGCAAGGAAGGAAUAAUCGAGCCAGAAGGUGGUGAGGAGGAACAGGGCUUCCGCUAUAAUCGAAUCACCAAGUGUGGAUAUGCUCAGCAAGAGAUAUCGUCCUAUGCAACAAGAGCCGUGACCGUCCGGUUCGACAGGGGCAAGCAUAUCUAUACCGUCCCUCAACACUUCGUCAAAAAAGUUCCAGCAUUCGCCGUCCUCUUGAGCGAGAGUCGCAAUUACUCUAUUUCUCUCUUUGAAGCAGACGAGGACGUAGGCCAUAUCAUGGUUUGCUAUCUCUAG